GGUGAAAAUCUGUAAAAAAAAGAUUGAAAAUAGAUUGAAUCUGACUCUACGAUAGACAAAUAGACAAAAUAAAUAAAUAAUUACCUAUUGCAGCAAAAGAAACAGCGGAAAUGAAAACAAUACCAAAAUUCGGUUGUACUAAAUUUGUGUACUAAAAUAAUCAUGGUUUCAAAACAUUCGAUCCAAGUAACCGUGUUUAGUACAAAUCAAGUAUUUUCUUGUCUUUUCGUUCAUGCUCACGCGCCUGUAGGACGCGCUGGCUCAUUUUCAAGACAUUCGAUUGUUGAUUGCUGUUCAAGAUGGAAGAUGCUGCGCGACUGGAAGCGAAACAAAUUAUCUCCCAAUACAUGUCAAGUGAUUCGGCUUCUUUGCUGAGUGAUGCAUCGUUCAGUGAGCGCGAACAUUUGGCGGAUCUGCAUAAACAGAUUGAGCUGAGAAAAGCGUACCGCGAUGGUUUGCGUAGUUUGAAUUUGGGAUUGUACGCACUCAAGCAAGGUAUGUGUCGACAUGGAAGCGACGCCUUCGAAGAGCAACUCGCCAAAGAUUACCACUCCACCAUUCGUGAGCUGGUAGAGAAGCAACGGGAAGCAUCGCACGGAUUGCAGCACCUUUGCAACGAAUACACGUUGCUAGGCAAUUCACGGCAGGCUCUGAUUGAACAGGCAGAGUUGCAGAAGCUGCAAACGGUGGUGCGUCUUCAGGAACAGGUACGUGUGAAGCUCUCUAACACGCGCGUAGUGAAACAGUGGGAUCGUGACAAAGCCACCUUAAUGUCGGAACAGAAGGAGAUGUUAAAGCUGGACGAUAUCGGCAAAGAAAUUAUGCAAAAGCGUCAACUAAUGCUCGACCGAAAGCAUGGCGAGAUAGCAAGCAUAUUGAUAUGCAUCGGUGAAGGUGUGGAAAAGGCAGAAGAGCUACGGAUAAAGUUGGCCGAAGUCACUAAGCAGCAACGUGAUGAGCUGCACGACGAUCAGUCCAGUGAUGCGGAUCUGCGAUCGGAAGAUGCAAAAAAGGAUGCCGGGGCUGGUGAAGCCGAAAGGGAUACUAACACCGCGCCAAUGUUUGAUUCAAUCGAUUGGAACCUUGGUAGCGUUAGUAUGGACCUGCGGUUGGAUCUCAACUUCAAGAAUCCGAACGAUUUUCCGGACAUCUUAACGCAUCUCAGUACCAUUAAUACUAACAAGUAUCACCUUAAAGAUGGUAAACAACACAGCGCUGGAAAGGGUGACAAACAGAACAUGCGAAAGGCUGAUGAACGCAAAAUUUUCUCUCAAAAGAGUAACAAGCAAACGUUUGGUAAAACUUCGUCUUCCGACUAUGCACUUGAUGACGCCACUGCCUCCAAGAAAUCAAAAAUGAAUGAUUCAACGGAAAAAGUGUACGUGCAGGUGGUUGCUAAUGGAAAUGAAAAUGCAAAGGCUGACAAUAAUCGUGAAAAAUAUUCACAACGCAUUAUUGUGGGAACACCGAAACCAUUGCAGAAGCAAAGUAACGAAAAUAUGACCAACAUACAGCAUAAAGUAUCGCGCAAAAAAGCAUCCAUGUCGACUCAACAGGAAACAUCGUCGAAUCAAGGUCCGGCCUUAGAAAGGAAACCCGUUCCAGUUGCAGGAAUUGGUCCACAAGAUAUGAAAAAGAUACAAGAAGUGGACACCGGUUCAACUCAAACCCGUUGCCGUACUCCGGCAAACAAAUCAACCGGAAACAGCGUCGGUGCUCCGUCGAGCAAUCCAUCGAAAAGUAAGCGAGAGCCGCAGUCUGUCACUCAACAGCAGCAACAACAACGUGUGCAGCAAGAAAAAAAGGUUGCAGCACAGCAGAAACAAGCGGAACCGCAAAAAAGGACUCGUUCCAUAAAAAUGCUUUCUCCCAUAUGCACGACAAAUCAAUCAAAGCCGGUACAGAAACCCUCCACUGACGUUAAUGUUCCAACGCCUAUGGAUUUGGAAUCGGCCGGUAUCCAGGAUGUCGAAUCAUCGACUUGCAACAACGAUUCACUGGACUUUGGCAUGCAAAGUGGUAGCAGUGAGUUUGAUCUGAACUUUUCCGACGAUCUCCGGCCGGAUCCGGGAGCGAACGAGCCGGACGAUCUGGACUUUCUCUCCGUGAAUCCUGGACGGGUUACAAGAAGUAAGGGACAGAAGAAGAAAGCUAACAACAGUGCUAAAAGCAUUGGUAGUGGAGACGAUAUGGACACGUUUGAUUUCACCUUCGGGGGUUCGAACUCUAGCGAGAGUUUGGAGCAGCCAGAAGAUUUGUUUUAAUCAUUUUAUUCCAUAUAAUUGCAUUUCAUUAUUUAAAUUUCAUUGACUAAUUUCACAUUACAUCUACAUAUACCUAGAUGGUAUAGCAGAUAAUCCUUAUCGAUACUUUCAUUCAUGUUUUUGUCCAUUAAAUUGCAAAUAAAUGUUU